ACAACGCCAGUAAAAAAGAAAUUGAUAUAUUGCCAACAAUAUUAUCACAAAUAACCGCUGUUGAUUAUUUACCCAAUUUUAAUGAUAUACGAGAGUUGAGGCUUUUAUUUGAUAAAUAUGAUCAAGAAGAAACUAUAAGUAUGUUAUCAAAAUUAACACGUGAAAAUGAUCAGCGAACAAUCAGUGGCAAAUAUUGUCUAAUUGAUCCAUCUAUUUCAACAAAAAAUAAAUAUGUAAAUAUAAAUGAUUUUUAUUUUGACAUUGAAAACUCAUCACUAUCCGUGGAAGAAAACACUAGUCAUUGUACUGUAUGUAAAAAAUCAUUUUCAUUAUUUACACGUCGACAUGCCUGUCGAAUGUGUGGUCAACAACACUGCUCACGAUGCUUAGUAUUAAAAAAGAUUCCACAUCCACACGAACUUCAGGUUUUCCCAUGAAGAAGUUGGUGUUUCGUCGCAACAACUUCGUGCUUUCCUCGUGAAUGAAUCGGUGUUUCUUCAGAAGAACUUCAUGUUUUUUACUGAAGAAAUGGGUUCUGCAGACGAACUUCGCCUGGUUUCAAGGAAAAAUCCGAGUUGCUCCACAAGAACUUCAUGCUUUCCUUGUGAAAGAAUCGCUGUUCCUCCAC